AGUGGCACUCAGGCAGUUGGGAGGGGAGGGUGAGAUUUUUGUCAAUAAAGUCUCGUCUUGUCUUUUUAUUAAGAAAAAUUGUGUUCAAUGUAAAUAAUCAGUGGAUUAUCACUUUUCGAAAGCUUAGAAGCCUACCUUAACACAUCUUCAAAAUGUCGACCUCUGCGAUAUACAUUUUAGACGUGAAAGGAAAGGUUCUGAUUUCACGAAAUUAUCGUGGGGACAUAGAAACUGGUGUCAUAGAAAAGUUCAUGCCUCUUGUAAUGGAACGCGAGGAAGAGGGCAAUCUUACUCCCAUAAUCCAAACUCCUGAAUGUACAUACGCGUACAUAAAGUACAAUAAUUUGUAUAUUGUUUCAACCACAAAGAAGAAUGCAAACAUUUCAUUGGUAUUUGUAUUCCUGCAUAAAUUGGUACAAGUGAUGCAAGAAUACUUUAAGGAAUUGGAAGAAGAAAGUAUACGAGACAAUUUUGUGGUCAUUUAUGAGCUCCUGGAUGAGCUGAUAGAUUUUGGAUAUCCACAGACUACGGACAGUAAGAUUUUACAGGAGUAUAUUACCCAGGAGGGACACAAACUUGAAAUUCAACCUCGCAUUCCUAUGGCUGUGACCAAUGCUGUAUCCUGGAGAUCAGAGGGUAUAAAGUACCGUAAAAAUGAAGUUUUCCUUGAUGUGAUAGAGUCUGUAAAUCUUCUGGCAAAUGCUAAUGGAAACGUAUUGAGUUCUGAAAUUGUUGGUGCCAUAAAAAUGAGAGUUUAUCUAUCAGGAAUGCCAGAGUUAAGGCUUGGUCUGAACGAUAAGGUUCUAUUCGAAUCUACAGGGCGUGGAAAGUCCAAAUCUGUAGAAUUGGAAGAUGUCAAGUUCCACCAGUGCGUGAGACUGUCCCGAUUUGAAAAUGACAGAACAAUUUCUUUCAUACCUCCCGAUGGAGAGUUCGAGCUAAUGUCGUACAGAUUGAAUACUCACGUUAAGCCUCUGAUAUGGAUCGAGUCCGUAAUCGAAAGACAUGCUCACAGCAGAGUGGAGUACAUGAUAAAAGCAAGAUCACAGUUCAAGCGACGUUCUACAGCCAACAACGUGGAAAUUGUGAUUCCUGUACCAAACGAUGCUGACUCCCCUAAAUUCAAAACCACCAUUGGCAGUGUCAAGUACUCUCCCGAACAAAGUGCGAUAACUUGGUUCAUCAAGUCUUUCCCUGGAGGAAAGGAGUAUUUAAUGAGGGCGCAUUUCGGAUUGCCAUCAGUCGUCGGAGAAGACGUUGAAGGAAAACCACCGAUACAAGUUAAAUUUGAGAUUCCAUACUUCACCACUUCCGGUAUCCAAGUACGUUAUCUGAAAAUCAUCGAAAAGAGCGGAUACCAAGCUCUACCUUGGGUGAGGUACAUUACGCAAAACGGAGAUUAUCAAUUGAGGACGAAUUAAAUUAGUGAAAGACAUUUUUAACGGCAUUACGAUUGAGAAAAUGGAAACUAGUCGGUUUGCUACGCUUAGUAUGCCGAACGUUAAAACUUUGUAGCUAUUUUCAUGAUCGAUUGUGAUCUAUAUAAGAAACCAAUAACUAUAGAAUAAAUACGAAUUACUGUUUACAGUAUUCCUUGACAUUGAUAUUCGUUUAACCUUUCAAUUUAAAUGUGCCCUACUAUCAUUUUAUACGUGUAAAUGCAUUAAUUCUGUUUUUAGAUACUUUUAUAAUAAUUUCUCUCCGCGACAGCGGAACUGCAAUGUACUUAAUUUAUUUACGUCUCUUUCUGCGUUACUGACGAGACAAAUUGUACGUUCCAUAUACAGGGAUUAUUAUAACGUUCAUCAUAAUUCGAUAUACAUAAAAGAUUGUAAAUAUAUUGAAAAUCACUCUAUAUCGGUAUUUUCAUGGAAUUGUUAACGAAUUACUAAUUAUUUAAGCUCCAUUAGUAUUACAUCAGAAUUACUGUUCGAAGACGAAUAACGAUACUGUUUUAAUUGUACACAAUGUAUUAUCUUAAGACAUUGAAGAGGUGUAUUAAAUUUUUCAUAGAAA